UCAGGUGCCACACAAAAUUCGCUUAGCCUUUUACAGCCACGCUGUUUCACUCAUCUCUCUCUCUCUCUCUAACAACCUUUCUCAAGCUCCCCCAGUGGAAACAAUAUUAGCAGCUAAAAAGGUGCUACACAUUCAUUCGUCGCCACUGAUUGAGAUAUUGUCAUAGAUUUUGCAAUGCACCGUGUGGGUAGUUCUGGUAACACAGCAAACAACUCAACUCGCCCUAGAAAGGAGAAAAGAUUAACUUAUAUUUUGAAUGAUGCUGAUGAUACAAAGCAUUGUGCAGGCAUAAAUUGUUUGGUUGUACUCAAGUCUGCAGUCUCUGAUGUGUCCGAUUAUCUCUUCACUGGGAGCCGUGAUGGCAAGCUAAAACGAUGGUCACUAGGUGAUGAUGCCGCGACGUGCUCUGCUACUUUUGAAUCUCAUGUUGAUUGGGUUAAUGAUGUAGUUCUUGUGGGAGAUGGUACACUUGUUUCUUGUUCAUCAGAUACUACCCUUAAGACAUGGAAUGCCUUGUCCAAUGGAGUUUGUAAUAGGACACACUGCCAACACUCAGAUUAUGUUACUUGCCUUGCAGCGGCUGAAAAAAAUAGCAAUAUCAUUGCCUCUGGUGGCCUUGGUGGGGAGGUAUUUAUAUGGGAUCUUGAAGCUGCACUUGCUUCAAAGUGCAAUGAUAUUAUGGAUGAUGAAAAUUCAAAUGUUAUCAAUGGUUCUGGCAACUCAAAAUCUACUACAGCCUUACGAAGCAGCAGCUCAAGUAACAGUAUAUCCUUGCACAGUACUCAAACUGAAGGAUACAUUCCAAUUGCUGCAAAAGGCCACAAGGAGUCUGUUUAUGCUUUGGCAAUGAAUGAAGUUGGAACCCUUCUUGUCUCUGGUGGCACAGAAAAGGUUGUCCGUCUGUGGGACCCAAGAUCCGGAUCAAAAACUUUGAAGCUAAAAGGACAUACAGAUAACAUCAGGGCUCUUCUUCUGGAUCCUACUGGGAGCAUUCAUCAUGGCAGGUUCUGUAUAUCAGGAUCUUCAGACUCUAUGAUAAGGCUUUGGGAUCUUGGUCAGCAGCGUUGUAUCCACUCUUAUGCAGUUCAUACAGAUUCUGUCUGGGCUCUUGCCAGCACUCCUUCAUUUAGUCAUGUUUAUAGUGGUGGUAGAGACUUUUCAUUAUACAUUACAGACUUGCAAAUGAGGGAAAGUGUUUUGCUUUGUACAGGCAAACACCCCAUACUUCAGUUAGCUUUGCAUGAUGAUAGCAUAUGGGUUGCAUCAACUGAUUCUUCUGUUCAUAGAUGGCCUGCUGAAGGGCGCAACCCUCAAAAGAUUUUCGAAAGUGGCAAUUCUUUCUUAGCUGGAAAUUUGUCCUUUUCGAGAGCGAGGGUGUCACUAGAAGGAUCUACUCCUGUUCCUGCAUAUAAAGAACCAACCUUGACUAUUCCUGGUAUCCCUGCUAUAAUACAGCAUGAAGUUUUAAAUAAUAAGAGGCAUGUCCUGACAAAGGAUUCCUCGGGUUCAGUGAAAUUGUGCGAAAUUACUAAAGGUGUUGUUAUUGAAGAUUUUGGGAAGGUUUCAUUGGAGGAGAAAAAGGAAGAGCUGUUUGAGAUGGUUAACAUUCCUGCAUGGUUCACAGUGGAUACCAGGCUUGGAAGUUUGUCUGUGCAUUUGGACACUCCUCAAUGCUUUUCUGCAGAGAUGUAUUCCGCUGACCUUAAUAUUUUAGGCAAGCCUGAAGAGGAUAAGGUUAACUUGGCUCGUGAAACCCUCAAAGGUCUCUUUGCUCAGUGGUUGAUAGAACAAAAGAAAAGAACAGGAAGCCCAGCUUCUGCUAAUGGAGAUUUGAAGGAUAUUGCUACUAAAUGUCAUGCUCAUUCAGGAGUUGAGGUUGAUGGUAGUUCUGAGAAUGAUGCUAUGGUUUAUCCUCCGUUUGAAUUCUCAGUUAUUUCCCCUCCUUCCAUUGUUACGGAGGGAACUCAUGGAGUUCCAUGGAGAAAGAAAAUGACCGACUUAGAUGGAACUGAGGAUGAGAAAGACUUGCCUCUGUGGUGUUUGGAUUGUUUAUUGAAUAACCGACUACCUCCUAGAGAAAAUACUAAAUGCAGUUUCUUUUUGCAUCCAUGUGAUGGUUCAAUUGCUCAGAUCCUCACUCAAGGGAAGCUAAGUGCUCCACGAAUAUUAAGAGUUCAUAAAGUUGUUACUUAUGUUUUAGAAAAGCUGGUGCUUGACAAACCACUUGAUAAUGGGAAUGCUGAUGGAAAUGUUGCCCCUGGACUUGCUGGGUCACAGAUACAGCACCAAGCAGUUCGGGAGGGACCUACUCGAUCUGGAUCCAAGUCCUGGCAAAAGAUUAGGCCUUCUAUUGAAAUUUUGUGUAACAAUCAGAUAUUGCCUCCUGAAAUGAGCUUAGCUACAGUAAAAACUUACAUAUGGAAAAGACAAGAUGACCUAGUCCUAAAUUACAGAGUGGUUCAAGGAAGGUGACAGCAAAUUGCACUUUUCAGAGCUUUUCUCGCUAUUGUGUAAACUACUUCUGAGCAUUGAUUCUUCUUGGGAGGCCCCUUUGAUCUGUGGCUUCAUGGAAGAUUUGCAAAUCCACACUGACUGAUCAUCAAUUUUUUAGUGGUAUUCUUCAAACCUGCUUGGAUAGAUUCUACUUUAUUAGAGAGCUGUUACUAUAAAUUUUGAAUUAUAUAUCCAGCUGGUUUGCUUUCUUUCAAUGGAGAUGAUGGAGUCAUGGAAGUUUUGAUCCUUGCAAGAUGUUUUCUAAUGGACUCUGUUGAGGAUUAGAGGGGAUCAUGCUCGAGCUGGCAUAUAUUCAAGUAGGUAGAAGGUUUAGAUAUGACAACGAAAGCAUUGUACAUUUGACUUGUGCUUAAUACAUAGCCAUAGAAAUUCUGUUCUCAAGGUGUAUCUUCAUAUCUUCACUUGUUCUGCUUUCUUUGGUUUUGAAAUUUUGUCGAUUUUUCUAAUUUUUAUUAUUACAUUUAAUUGUUCAGUUUCGUCAUUUGAUGUUUACUGCUAAUGCUAGGCUUCUCUUCUCAGCUAUCCUCAGUUCUUUCAUGGGAUUUAA